CAUACGUGUUUAAACAACGCACGUCGACGUCCGAGCUGCUCAUUUCGUUGGCGGCCUCACAACAAGUAGCGUCGCACGCGACCUCCACGCUAUAUUUAAAUUAUUCGCCGAAUUGAUUAUUAAGCUAGGAAAUUUUAAAAACAAUUGAAACUAAUCAUACAAGUGCAGUGUGAAAUAUCUCAGCAAAUAACCAAACAUAUACAGUAUUGAAUUAUUAAUUCUUAUUAAAUAAAAGUUGUACAUAAAUAUUGAUGUAUUUUAAACCAAGGCUGUGUCUGUAAACAUAAGUGAUAAUUAAUCACAGGUGCCAUCAAGCAAGGAACCGGAUUAUAUUAGACGAAAAAAAAUUACGUCAGACAAGGUAAAAUAAUGGAAAGUCGGUAUUUACAAGUUAUUUUUCUGUGCGUGUGUUAUUCUCUCAUCUCGUCUGUUCAGUGUCAUUUGCGUAAACCUUUGAAUGGAACUUUGCAAUCAAAACGACUAAAAUCUGGGCCUGUGUUCCUCAUUGACUACACAACAAUACUAGUAACACAAUUCUCAUACGACAAUGGUAAAUUUAAGAACUCUAUAAAUAGACAUAACAAGUGGUUCAAAGGUAUUCUUCGUCGAGGCGAUAACAGAACUGAAUUCGUUGACCUGACGUUCAUGAAUUCAACAAACGCUCAGUUGUUAGCUAAUUUAUACCUAGGUUUGAAUAUGUAUUUACAAGUCCAGGAAAACAGCCAGUAUGAUGCAAGGCAUUUAUCAGCCAUUGCAAUCGUUAACGAUAAGAAUGAGAUAAAAGCUGCUGUAUCUAUAGACGCUAACGAUCUUUUAGAUUUGCCAGAAAAAGAUCAUUUUUUCUCUCCUAAGGAUAAUCAAACCUUAUUUGUAUAUCCCAAAUGUUGUCCACUCAAGAGUUACUUGAAAAAAGAAUCUGAUUGGAAUUGUGCUAGCAAACAUGAAGCUGUCACGGGUAGUGUGGAACGAGUCCCACUUUACAAAAAUCGUGGAACUCAGUAUGAUGAUGAAGGAUUAAAGACUAAGGAUAUUAUCUAUGAGCCCUUUUAUUAUCCAAUAAAUUGCAGUCAGAAAAAUAUACGAGUAAAACUCGAUAGCGAAGACAAAUUUAUUUUGUUGAGCAACCUGGAAAUUUUGGUUGAUGAUGUAAAAAGACCACAAGCACAUUGUCUGGAUUUUUAUCCAGAUAAAAAUCAUGUUUUUCAUGAAGCUGUGUACGUAUGCUUAUCAGAUAUGGAUGUGGAUAUGAAUAAAACAGAUAUUUUUAAUUUAUUUUCAUCGUCCGCACCGACGGCUACACCGACAGUAUUACUACUUUUAAGUUUAUUUCUAUGUCUAAAAUAAAGUAAUUACUAUCGAUAAUAUCUAUUUAUAUUUUUAUUGAAUCAGAUAAGAUAUCUCCUCGAUUCUCAGAACAUAACAACAUUUCAAAUAUGCUUAAUAUAUUAAACAAAUAUUUCAGUUGCUCUCGCGUAUUGAAGCAUUGAAGUAUAUCAACAAAAAAUGUUGUUACGAGGUUUUUCACUUGUACUAAUAAUAUUAUCAAUUAUUACCGACACCACAUCGUACGGCGACAGUGUACUUCGCAAACCAUUAAAUGGCACAUUUUCAUCAAAGCGAUUGACUAGUGGUCCAAUAUUCCUUCUUGAUUCUCGCACGAUCUUAGUUACGCAAUUUACCUAUUCUAAUAUAUAUUGGAAAAAUGUCUUAGAACGUCAUAACAAGUGGUUCAAAGCUAAGUUAGUAAAUAAUACCUUGGUUGAUCUCGAGCUUUCUGAUGAAAAAGAUGCACAUAUCAACAAACGGAAAUACUAUGGAGAAAAUAUUAUCUUGAAAGUGCCAGACUCUCCCCAAUUCAAUAUUUUUAGUUUUGACGAGUUGGUGAUAGUAAACGAUGACAAUAAAAUAAAAACAUCGGUAAAAAUUACUGAUACUGACAAGCAUGAUUUGCCUGACCAUGCCACCGAUACAAUGAUGGCGCUAUAUCAUAACGGAAAACCUAGGUUUUUUUACCCAAAAUGUUCUCCAUUUGAUAGUUAUUCUGUCAAUAGUGACACUAUCGCAACAGGAACAUUCCGGGAAAUGCAACGAAUUCCAAUCCAUGAAGUGAAAAACGAAUCAUACAAUACUGACCCAUUUGAACCCUUCUACGAACCGUUCUAUUCUCCACUGCAAUGUACAAGAUUCAUUAUGGAUGAAGAGGAUAAUAUAACUGUAUUGAUGAAUUUGCGUUUGAUCACUCCCAAUUACCCCGAUUUAAAAUUAGCGUGUCUUGAUGGGAGUACGGAAGAUGGAGAAGACAUAGUAAAGGAACGCGUGUAUGUGUGUUUAGAUGAGGACAAAGGUGGCGCGCGAACGUAUUCAUCUUCAUCUUUUUCUUUACUAUCCGUGUUAUCGGUAAUUUGUAUUUGGCAAUCCGUGUCUCAUAUUUUUAUAAAUUAAUUUCCAGAAAUUUAUAAGUUCUGUUUACCUUAGAUUAGUGUUAUCUAUGUUGUCGCUGACUUUAUAUCUCUAUCUGUACAGUCUACAAUUCAUUUGUAUACGAGAUUGACUAGUAAAUCUCUUUUUAGCAA